AACAGCAAAAUUGAGAGGAAAACUUGUUUUAAUGCAUUUCAGAUUGUUGAAGUUUUAAUUGAAGCUCUUUUAUAUUGUAGAGUAGUAUACACAUGUAAUUUUAUUGAUCAGUUUAAUUAAAUUAAGUAUAAGAUACUUGCAUUCCGAGUAGUAAUGGAUUGGCUAUUAAUUCAUAUUUUUAAAACGAAAACCUCCAAUAAAAUUUUCAAAAAUUGGAAAGGAUUCCACACAGACUCCUUCAAAUUGGUUUUGGAAGCGAAAAGGAAACGGACAAGAAUGGACGAUUGGGUUAAUACAUAUGCGUUCUUGUUUUCAAUUAAAAUUACUGCUCUGCUACAAUAGAUACUACCAAAGACCCAGUGAGUGCACACGCACCCGCCUAUCGCUUUUUAUAAUUCAUGACCUGCACUUAUAUUACUUAAGGUCUUGCGGCUCUUAUACGUGUUAGUUGCCGCAUUAAAGCUUCAAUGAGCUUUUUUAUUCAUAUUCUGACGUUUUCAAAUAAUAUAGGAGCUUUAAGCUCUUUACACUGCAAAUAAAACACAAAUUUAAUCAUAAAUGUAGUUUAUAGAUAUUUUAGUUAUAGUAGAUAUGCUUAGCCAACUGUGACAAUCGAAAAGCUUAUUUAUCAAGUGGUGAAAAGCUAACAGCAAAGUAGCAUAAAAAUUUGCGAUAAUCGGACAGAAAUCAUAAUAUUAGGUUUGUGGGGAAUAGAGCGUAAAAGAGGGGUAAUUAUAUAAUACAUGGCAUAUAGUCAACCGGUAGGUUGGAUGUUCUCCUAUUCGGAUACGGUAAUUAGAGGAAAGGACAGAUAGUUUGGACUGAGAGUGUCAAGGCCACAAUUCGUGGUAAAUUUUAUUUCAAUAUCUGUUUUGUUUCCCGCGCUUGAUAAUUCCAAGACAAAUAAGCUGUUGAUGUUCAAAUGGUAUUAAUUAGAAAACUUAUGUUGUUGCGUACCUAUUUCACCCAUUUUCGAAUUAAGCCAAAGGCGGGUUAAAAAUAGUAAUUGGGAAAAUAUAAUUUUUGAAAUAGCAUUUAAGCAUCUCUCCAGGUUUUAAUAAUAUUUAUGCGAUUUUGUAUAAUCGUUUGGAUAUUAAAAUAAUUUAUUUUUGCUCCAACUAGUAUCUAAAGGACCUGUCUGGUUUUAUUAUAUAAUAUUUUCAAACAAAUGUAAAGAGCUGGGUUAUGAAAGGUAUAUAAAUUAACUCAUUAAAUACAAAUGACGAAGUAAAUUUUUGAUCCGUAUGGACAUUUUUUUUCGUUGAUCCGUUUGGACUUUUUUUUUCGUUAAGGGGUUACGCCACCCUAAAAUAUGAAAAUCGGACGUUUUUAAGGAUUUUUUUGACAAAACUAUUUGAGGUAGAACUUCUUUACAUUUUUUGCUAAUUUAAAACUUUAUAAAUACUAAAAAAAUAUUGUUUUUAAUUAAAAAUGGCAGUGAUAUAAGCAUUGUCGUGGAUCAAUUUUACCGGAACACUCCUUCAUGGUGUACAUAAUUGGCAUUUAAAUUUUUGUCUGAAGCAAGUAAACGACUAUUUUUCUUAAAAAGUCAUACAUUUUGAACAGAGACGGUUUUUUUGAAAACAAAUUUUUACGCAAUUGUCAGCACUUGAAAAUUUUAUUGUAUAUUUUGGGGUAAAAAUACCGUAUAAAAAAUUGGAUAAAAUUUUUUCAAAUUAUUCAAUCGAAAAAAUUCCACGUCACUCUGUGGAAAAUCUAUUAAGGAAGAUGUAUUUUAAUUAAUUUAAGAAGAAAAAAAUUUACUAUCGGGUGCUUCCACCGCUCAGACUUCUAAUGAUCAUAGCUUUCGGAGACAUCUCAAAAUACUCGUUAGAAUAUAGGCUUUGAAAUUAAGCAAAAAUUAAAAAAAAAUUUAUUUUAUUUCGGGGUGGCGUUAUACCUUAACUGACAUAACCUCAAUUUUUCUAUAAUAUACGCCGGGUAUGCAACACACACUUCUGCCCGAAUUCAGCUUUAUUCAAAAUUUUUUAACCUAAUUUUCUUUGCUUAUGUCAUAAUGAGCUCACAUAUAUGGACCUUAGGGUUAUAUUAUGAGCAAAUUACAAACUCACAUUCAUAUGACGAUUAACUGAGUCAUUACCUAUUUCAUUAUACAUAUGUACAUACAUACAUGUUCUCAUAUGCAGUACAAUAAAUGCAAUAAAGUUCUGUUUGUAAUCUGUGUGUUUGCAUGGAAUUUUGAAUCACAUCAUUUGUGCUGCGUAAACAAAUUAUGGAACCAUAAAUUGGCACAUUCAAAUGGAAGUCACAUAUGAAUAGGCCAUGUGUCUAUAGUGGAUUCCUAAGGUACGCACAGCAAUUAACGGUACAAACAAAAGCUGGUAUAAACAGCAAACAAAAAACGCUAAAUAAUUGUGCCAGAUAUGUGUUUGUAUGUAUCUUCUUCUGUAUUUGAAAACUGUGUCAUGAAAUUGGCAUUUAAGAACGAUUUAGGCUCUUCAAUGUGCUGUGAUCACUUCAGUCUAAUUUUCUAAUUUCGAAAUUCGUUUGCAUUUAGAAAUAAUUGUUCUUAGCUACUUAAUCAUGAAAUUAUUUUAGACAUUAAAGUGUGGCAAUCGCGUUGGGAAAAAUCAUUUUUGUCUUUCUUUUUUCUUUUUUCUGUUUUGGAUCCACACUUCUGUUUUCAUAAUAUUUGAGACGCGCUGUCUGCUGUUCAUAUUCCAUUUCAAUAUUUUUUCUGAUUUUAUUUUUGUGGUUUCAAGUGCCUUCGUGUGCUCUCUUCUGUUUGUAAAGGCCCCUUGAAAUGUGCUUAUUCUUCCACUUAUCUCUUUGUUUCCACUUUAGCUGCGCUUCCACUCGUCCCAUCAACCUAUCAACCUAUUCCAUCGAAAACCACAUGCGGUUGCCCUGAUCUACUAUGUAUGCACUCAUAUUGAAAGCGUAUUUCCUUCCUAAAGUGUAAUUAAUUAAUGCUGGGCACUAUCAUCGUUGGUCCAUCAUCUGCGCGCUUCGUUCAUUCCAUGGGCUCAUUAUAGUCGUUGUAAAAUUGUAAAAAUGAUAGUUUUGUGUUGUAGACGCAGAUAAAUAAAUGAAUGGAAUGUUUCGAGCAUAAUUCCAUACAUUUCCAAUUGUAAUUUGCCAAUCUGUCGAUUAUGUGCAGCCAGAAAGUGGCAUUCGUGUAGCUCGAUUUGCAGCAAUGACUCUCAUCAGUUCACUUUUUACCUUGGAUACGUUCGUUUCGGUUCUCUCAACGAAUUCGGUUUAUUUGCCAUUGUGUUAAGGAUAUGUGAACUAGAACAUACUAAUAUUUGUUUUGAUAAACAAUUUAGUAGUAGCUUGCGUUUCUAGCGUUAGAACCCCGAUCUGUUGACCCGAAGUGAAAAAACAUGUCACAUAAUGAACGGAAAGCUCGUUUGAGUGCAGUUAAAUUUAUGGAAUUGGGAUUUUCCGCCGCCUGCUUGGCCCUGCAUUUCUACAGUUUCGACGACCGCGACAUACUGACCUCAUUCGUAGCGACGGGCACCUUCUCGGGCUACAUAAUCGUCGUGGUGGGUAUUUUCGCAGGUGUCCUAAUGCGUGCGCCCAUUCACAGACGCAUCGACAUAUUCUACAGUGUGCUCGGCUGUGGCCUCUUCAUUGCGUCGGGUGUGUUCAUCAUUGAGGCUUGGGAAUUUUCAUUUCGUACACGUACUCGCGAUUUGGCGCUCAUUAAGGCGUCGCUGGCCAUUGUGAAUGGGGUGUUGUUCGGUUUCGAUGCGAUUUUUACAUUUCGUGACAAAUGAAGAGCGCGUCGAUGGUGAAGAGUCGGUGGAGGAAGGGGAGUGCGAUGAUGAGUUUCCGGAAUUGCCAGAAUUUUAUAGAGUUUUUUAAGUCAUAAAAUGCAUACAUACAAACAUACAUUUACAUACAAAUACAAUUUCCAUUACAACACUUUUAUUUUUAGCUCUAGUUGCCUGCCAUUUUUUAACUGCUUUGUUGUUGUUUAUUUAGUUGCCAUUUUUGCAAAAAAUUUUUUUGUAACAAAUAAAAUUUUAAAUUUUUGUGCCAUUGAAUUAUGUAGUCACUUGUAUCUAUGUUUGUAUAUAUUUUUUGAAGAUUUUUGCUUAUGUUCUGUUAGUCCAGUGAUUCUUAAUGUUCUCAUGUUAUGGCGUUUCGCUUAACAGACAACAGAUGUUUUCACUUCAAUAUGUACAUAAAUUUUGGUGAUUUUUUUAUUUGGCAAAAUGCGCAAUGUGCCAGAAAUUGAAGUUUGAGCUCUCACAGCUUCACUCAACCAGAAUUCAAGUGCCUUUAGCUGCCUGUUUCGUAAGAUGGUUUUUGGUAUUGUUGUUGUUGUAGUGACUCUUUUGUGUAUUAUUUAUUUCUAACGUAUAAAUUAUAUAGACAAUAUAUUCACAUCAGUUAUCGUUGAUAUAUAUGUGGUAAAGUCGCACUCUAUAGCAGGAUGUCGUCAUUUUUGAUUUAUUCUUCGUAUUUCUUCGUUUAAUGGCGAAAGCUGUGACUUCAUAAGUGAAUUCGAAUACGCAAUAAAAUGUUGCGCAACGUGUUUAUGUGAACAUGUUGAUAGCAUGUUCUCUGCAACUUGUUUAUUGCUUUGUCACUGUCUCUAUAAUCCCAAGUGGUCCAUGUCUACAAUGACCCAUUCUUAGUCGGCAAGUUGACUCCAAUUCGAAAGACAAUGUCUUUCAUCUAUUUUUAUUGUAAUGCUUUUUAUCGGUUCCUUUAAAAAUAAAAUGUUCUAAAACUUGAAUACUACUAUCACACAAUAACAAAUCGUCGUUUCUUAAACCCUAGUUCUGAUCAAACGUCUUCUUCCUGUACUCUUAUAGAGCUGGUUACCACCACUUAUCAGAUCCUGACAUAACAGUAAUAGCAAGGCUUUGAAAUCUUUAAAAACCAUAAAUAGAUGUUCGGUGUUGAUACCUUAAUGGGUAAUAGGUCUUUUCAAUGUCAGAAUGAAGAAGUAGGCUUCGAUAUCUUACUUAAACUCACAAUAACAUUUAUGGUUAAUAUAAAGAAGACUAACUCCAAGAUGUUAUUUUUCUUAAGGUUAUGAUGAGUUUAGGAUAUAUACUUCUAGUACUUAAGAAUACUUUUAAGAAAUUGUAUUUUAUUCGAUACAGAAGACCUACUAUUACAUCGGUGACAUCGACUUAUUCAUCGGUUCUAGAUCUAAAGAUUUUCUAAUAAAAUACAUAGACACUACAUUCGAUCUAAUUUCUAACAGUGGUAUUAUGACAGUGCGAUCUGAUCUCAACCUCAUUUUCUGUGGUUAGGGUAUCGUGAUAGUUUUCCAAAUUAGAUCGAAGAUCUUAUAGUUCUUUAGAUGCGUUGAUUACCGUGUAUCUUACUUCUGUUUCUAUGACUUCACAAAACAGUAAAAAAUAUGACCAGGUGAACAACUGCUUGAACAAAAAGAGGGUUGGUUUCAAUAUAAAUAGUAUACAUACAAAGAACUAAACUAUUUAACCCCUAUAGUUUUAAGAAAAAACUCUCUCCCGUUUUUUUUUUUAUUCGGUAACACACCUUUUGUUCCACUGUAUGUCAGUUAAAUAGUGCACGUACAAAUUUAUAUAUAGGUCAUUCUGAAGCUGAAGAAACAUGUGUUUUCAGAGGCAACUGAAAAAAGUUAAGUUUUCCAGCAAUAUUUUCAGUGAGAGAGAGAGCUGCAAAGCAACAUGUAGCUGUGAUGGCAGCAACGCGUUUCAAUGUCAACAAUGCCAGUAGACUGCCGAAAUGACGACACCGGCGAACCGAACAACGCUCCACCAAGCAAACAACCAGUUAGCUAGCUAGCCGAACCCCAAACGAAGCGUUGCUAAAUUGGUGGCACACACGAAAUCAAGAAUCAGUACGAUUUGAACGCUCGCGAUAGCAACGCGUUUGUUGUGAAAGAAAAACUUGUAUUUUAAAUAAAAAUAAAACAAAAUUAAAAUAAGCCACUGUGUAAACAAGUGUUUUGGCUUGUGAACAAUAUAUACAUAUAAAGGAAUAAGAAAGUAUUU